CUUAAACUUGCAACAUUUAGAUAAGCGGCUGUCAACUGUCACUAAAUUAUGGUAGAAUUUGUUCUCAUGUCAUAUAGAAAAAAUAAAACGAUUCAGUGAUAAAUUCCAAGCAAGAAUCAGAAAAUGUUAAUGUAAAAUUAUCACAAUGGCACAAAAUUUACAGAAAAAGCCCUCUAAGGGCAUAUUGAAGACCUCACGGAGUGUUGACGGACAGGAUACAGCGGCUUCAGGAACGCCAUCAACUAGCAAGCGCACGAAAGAGCAAAGAUUCGACGAGAUGAAUAUUAUGGAAACAUUUCAUCCGGCGAACAAGGAUUACGGACAUAUGAAAGUAGACGAGCCUAAGACUCCAUAUUCAGAAGCCGUGGACGGUGACUUGGUGCCUACUGACGAAUUAGACGCCAAUAUACUUGCGGCCAAACUAGCGGCGAGUAUGAAUAGGCCGCCUAGGUGCGUGGAAGCCGAAUCUAGUGCCAGUGACGAGGACAUGGAGGAACCUGAAGAAGAACGCCGCAAGAGAAUUGAGUUUGAAAAGAAGCGGAAAAUGCACUACAAUGAAUUCCAAGCACUACAACUAGCGCGGCAACUGAUGGCACAAGAAGAAGAUGAAGAUGAGGAUCAGCCUGAACAGAAUACCUGACUGCAGCACAUGCAAGCACUUGUACAUAACAUGCACCAUGGCUUCGAGCGAGCAUCGACCACUGCGUAGACCAAGAAGUAUCUUUUCAAAUCAAACCAGGGAUACUUUACAAACACCCGCACAUCAUCAAACACCAUUUACUCCCCAUCCAUAGUAAUCUAAUCAUGGAUGACAUGCAUGGUUCCACACCCCGGUUAAUGUGCCCCUGUCUUUA